AUGGCUGAGGAGUUUGGUUUCGGCGGUGAAGAGGCAACGGGCUUUGGCGAGGAGGCAACGGGCUUUGGUGAGGAGGCAACGGGCUUUGGCGAAGACGCUUCGGCUCCUGCGCCCGUGUCGUCUGACGCUGCUGCGCCAGCCACCGACAACUCUGAAUCAUCGGCGGAGGCGACAACCGUGGGGCACGAGGAGGACAUUCGGGCAGAGCGUAGUGGUUGGCUAGUGACCAUUGAACCCAAGAAGACGCUGUCGCGCAAGGGUGGCAACAAGGAGCGCUGGUUCAACCUCUCCGAGGGCACGUUGACGUACGCAGCGUCUGUGCGGGCCGACCCGAUUGCGACCAUCCCGAUCGCCGACAUCACCUCUGUUGAGGAGCAUCCUGGCCAGGAAGACAGCUUCACCUUGGUCAUGAAGAAAAAGUCGCUCUUUGUCAAGGCGCGCGAGGCUUCGGAGGCGCAAGCCUGGGUGGCAUCCCUGCGCAAGGCCCAAAAGAGCAGUGUCACCGCCGGCUUUGGCCAGAACCAGUCGGCCAACGCCCUCCUGUUUUGAAAAAGAAAAAGCAGCUUGUCAAGUUUCGAGAUUGGCCACCUCGUGUCAGUAGUGAGUGUUUGCAUCUGCCAACAUCACUGAAGCCAGGCCUUGCCUGGUGUUGGCGUUGUUGCUGCCAUCUCUAUGAGUCUUUUUUUCUUUUGUCUUUUUCUUCUGUUUUCUUUUCUCCCAUGCGCAC